AUGGAACCCCCGGGUUUCCCCCCGCGCCGACCAUUCCUGCUCUCCCUGCUGCUGGUGGCGUCCUCCCUGCGCUUUUCCCUGGGGAAAUCCCUGCCCGCGGGGCCCGGGGACGGCGAGGGGGCUGCGGGGCUGAUCCGGUGCGGGGAGUACUCCAACCAGGUGCUGCCCGACGGGCGCUGCCGCAUCGUGGCCACGCUGCCCCAGGGCGACGAGCGCCGCUGCCCAGACCUGUUCCGCUGCACCGACGAGGUGUCCUACUGGCUGCACGAGAACGAGGAGCGCAAGCAGCAGCUGCUCGAGCUGCGGGAGCUCCUCGGCGAGCUCCAGGAGGAGCUGCGCGGCCACCGGCACCGCCUCAAGGCGCUGGAGAUGCAGCAGGAGGAGGCGCGGGGCGGGAACCAGAGCGUGGUGCGGCGGCUGCAGGAGCUGGAGCAGCGGCACGGCGAGUCCAGCGCCCUCCAGCACAUCCAGGCCACCCUCCUGUACGACAUCCAGGCCCAGCUCAACAACCUCUCCGCCCUCGCAGAGUGGGCGUGGGGGAACCACGCGUGUGCCGGGCCCGCGGAGAUGCGGCUGCACGAGGAGAUGGACCCCGCGGAGCCGCGGCCCCCCCGGCACUGCCCCAUCGACUGCGCCUCUGUGUACUCGAACGGGCUGAGGAGAUCGGGCACCUACAGCGUCCUGCCCGCCCUCCGCGGGCUGCCCCUGCUCGUGCUCUGCGACAUGGACACCGAGGGGGGUGGCUGGACGGUGAUCCAGCGGCGCCAGGACGGCUCCGUGGAUUUCAACCGCACGUGGGGCGAGUACCGGGACGGCUUCGGCGAGCUGAGCGGCGAGUUCUGGCUGGGCAACGACAACAUCCACCGCCUCACCAGCCAGGGCGACUACUCGCUGCGCAUCGACCUGGAGGACUGGAACAACAAGCACAAGCACGCCUUCUACCAGCUCUUCAGGAUCGAGGACGAGGAGAACCUGUACCGGCUGCACGUGGACGGCUUCAGCGGCACCGUGGAGGAUUCCUUCGCCUGGUACCACGACAAGAGGAGCUUCAGCACCCCGGACUCGGGGAACAUCUGCGCAGAGAUCUCCCACGGCGGGUGGUGGUACCACCAGUGCUUCUUCUCCAACCUCAACGGCGUCUACUACAAGGGUGGGAGAUACUCCCUGCGGAACCGGCGGAUGCUGGGGCCGGACGGGAUCGUGUGGUACUCCUGGAAGGACACGGAUUAUUAUUCCCUGCGCAAGGUGGUGAUGAUGAUCCGGCCCCGCGCGUUCCGGCCCCACCUCUCCCCCUGA